CAAUGAGAGAAACAAACCAUGAACCAUCAUCAUUCAUCAUCAUUUUCUACAGAUUUGGUCACAUCACUAUCCUAAUUUGCAUGUUUUGGGUGCAACUAAAAAACUUGAAGGAAGUGAUGAAAAAAAGAAGCAACUCACAGAGCAACUACAAUUUUCUGACUGAUCUGACCGACACAGAUGGAGUAAAGUGUCAGACGCUGCUCUUCUGGAGUUCAACAACUUUUCUGCAUCAGGUUCAAAACCAGAAUGAAAAUCCUUCUUAUUCUCUUCUUCUGGUUCUGGUCAGAUCCAGCUGUGCUCGUCAAGGCAAAGCCCAAUAUUUGGUCAGCAGCUGAAGGAGGAAAUGCUUCACUUAACUGCCACUUAACUUUGUCUGGAAGCACAAAGUUUUUCUGUAAGGAAAAAUGCGAGAGAGCAGAAGAUAUCCUCAUUAAAACAGAUGGAAGCACAGCUCAGAGUGGCAGAUUUAGCAUUAAAUAUAAAGAUGGAUCUCCAGGAAGAGGAAUUGUGUCCGUGACCUUUACACAUAUGAUCUACUCUGACUCAGGAAAGUACAGGUGUGCUUUGGGAAGACCUUCUUUUCCAGAUUCAUACGCAGAGUUUGAGGUCAGAGUUUCAAAUGAUCUGGAUAAAAAUGUUGGUUUUUAUCGCACACAAACUGAGGGAGAAGCAGUCAUAUUGGUAUGUUCCAACAACACAUAUGGACACAGGAAGUUCUUCUGUAAGAAUCAGUGUAAGAAUGAAGGGGAGAUCCUCAUUGACACAACUAAUGAUAAAGCUGAGAGUGGCAGAUACAGCAUUGAAUACAGACCAGGAUCUGUGUUUGGACUGUAUGCAACCAUCACACAGCUGACCAAGUCAGACACAGGAGGGUACAUAUGUGGUUAUGGAAACCCUCUGUCUCCAGAUUCAUACCACAGUGACAAUGUUGUUGUCAUUGAUGCUUCAAACCCACCUACCACAACAACAACAACAACAACAACAACAACAACAACAACAACAACGAGUCAGAGUUUCACUGCAGGAGUCUCUGCACCUUCAUCAAAUUGUCCUGAGUCCUUCUUUCCUCUGGGUGUUUGCGUGUCAUUGGUUGGUGUUUUGCUGAUGGCUGUUUUCUUCCUGCUCCACUACAUUUGUAAGACAAGGAGGAACACUGCACUGAAGACAAGUGAAAAUGCAGAUGACAAAAAAAUGGAGGUCACAUAUGAGAACUGGACUCCAAUCUCCAAAGCUGAAAAGUCCAGGACAAAAACCUACUCUUCAUCAUUAAACACGGGAGUCUAAAAAUUAAACACUGAUAGAAAAUCGUCUGACACCCUCCAAAUUUUCAGUAUGUUGGCAAAGGCAUCAUUCUUCAAUUUAGAUCUGCAUCUUUCCUCCAUGAACACCUCCCUCCCUCUAUAUUUGCACUGCCUCAUCUCUGAACCGAGCUCCUUCAUCUAUCGUGCAUUUAGCAUCACCACCAUCUUCCUCGUCCUCCCCAUCUGCAUCCUCAUCCUCCAACAUGGUCUCCAAGAAUGGAGGAAAAAAGGCUCCACCUUCAUGGAAGUAACACUGAGUCACUCUGACUGCUUCACCUACAACAUCAUCAUCAUGGACCUUUUUGCUGUCUUUGGGUCUAUCUUCGGCUUACGUAGUAUCAUCGUUAAUAAUUUAAACAUGUUA